GCGGAAGCGGGAGGCGGUGCCGGGCCGGGGCUGGGAGCGGGGCCGGGAUGGUGCUGGAGGCGCUGCGGCCGCGGGUGGUGCGCUGGGCGCUGCUGGCCGCCUUCGCCGCCGGGGUGGCCGUGGGCUGGCAGGCGGGCCGGGCGCGCCGCCGCUUCCUGCGCUGGCGGCAGCGCUACCUCCAGCGCCGCCUCGCCGCCGCGCAGGAGAAGCUGGAAGCGGCCUGAGCUCCGGGCUGCCCCCGGGCUGGCCCCGGCUGCGGGCUCCCGGCGGCUCCUGCGGCGGAUUCGGCUCCUGCGGUGGGCGCUGCCUGAGCCGCUGGAAACGGGUGAAGCGCUGCUGGGGAAGGACAGCGUCCCUGGGAUAGCAGGGCUGCUGGCUGGACAGCGUCCGUGGAAUAGCGGGAAGGACGGCAUCCGUGGAAUAGCAGGGCUUCUGGAGAAGAACAGCAUCCCUGGAAUUGCAGGGUUUCUGGAGAAGGACAGCAUCCGUGGAAUAGCAGGGCUUCUGGAGAAGAACAGCAUCCCUGGAAUUGCAGGGUUUCUGGAGGACAGCAUCCCUUGAAUAGCAGUGCUGCCAGAGAGGACAGCGUCCACAGAAGUAUCAGGACUUCUCUUCUGCCCUUCGCAAAGCAAGAUCCCAAGCUGUGUCAGACUAACCGAGUAAAGAGCUGAGGAUGUGCAAGCAGCGAUCCCCAGCCGGGAAUGGACUGCUCAGGGAGGUCCCCGUCCCUGGAGGUGUCCAAGGAACAGCUGGACGUGGCACUCGGUGCUCUGGGCUGGGUGACAAGGUGGGGAUCGGUCGUGGGUGGCACUCGGUGGUCUCGGAGGUGUUUUCUAAGCUCAGCGAUUCCAUGAUUCUCGGUGG